AUGUUUCUCCUUUGGCCAAGAGGAUUGUUCAAGGACGUACAAGUUGCUGGUCCUCGUGCAGCUAUCUGUCAUGCUGGUAAAUUGUCCAAGAUAUUAGCUACUAGUCAAGUGGCAGUGCUCUGUUGGUAUCAUGUCUAUAUCUGUCCACCGUUUCAUGGAAUUGCACAGAUGGCUGCUCCUACAGCUGCUCACUGGUCCCAGAAAUAUAAUCAAUUAUUUGGUGUCUUGAAAAAGAAAAGUUAUAGUAUUGUCAGCUAUAUCCUUUUGAUACCUGUUGAAGAAAUCUCAAAGGCAUGCAAACAGGUUGAGACUACUGCAACAAGGAAAGAAGGUGCUAUUUCUUCGAGCUCAAAUAACUCUGAAUGA